GGCUCCUCCCCUUUUUCCUCCGCCUCGCCGGGAGUCACGAGGCUGCGGAGCCUUGGUCCAUAUGCCCGCCGCCGCUCAGCCGGCUUGGCUUCAUUUCCCGCGGCAUCGGAGCCCAGAUCGCGGGAGAAGAGUGGCAGCAACAUCAACAAGAAGAUUGGCUCCACAUGCAGCUUGAAAGAUGGCACCAAAGUAUGAAGAACAGGAAUUUGUAACAGUCUUGGUUCGAGAUCCCCAGCUACAAAGAGAAGACUAUUGGCAUUCAUAUAUAGACUAUGAAAUCUUCAUUCAUACAAAUAGCAUGUGUUUUACAAGGAAAACAUCUUGUGUCCGGCGGCGGUUUAGAGAAUUUGUGUGGCUCCGGCAGAGACUUCAGAGCAAUGCAGUGCUAAUACAAUUGCCAGAACUUCCACCCAAAACUCCCUUUUUUAACACAAAUAAUCCUCAGCACGUGGAUCAGCGUCGUCAAGGCUUACAAGAGUUCCUUCAAAAGAUCCUCCAGAAUCCACUCUUGCUUUCAGACAGUCGACUUCACCUCUUUGUACAAACCCAGCUGACUCCAGAAGACAUUGAGGCUUGUGUAUCGGGACAUACAAAAUAUUCUGUUGCUGAAGCGAUCCACCAGUUUGCCUGCUUGAAACGAAAGUUUCCUGUAGAACAUGAAGAGAUAAAAAAAGAAGAGAAUUCUGCGGAUUCAGAUUCUGAAAGUUCAUCCUCCGGGCUUGGACACAGCAGUGAUGAUAGCAAUUCACACGGAUGUAAAGGAAGCACAGUUCCAGAAGAACCCUGAAAUAUCAUUUGUACAUUGCCAUCACUGUAAUGACCAAUGUAACUUCUAUUAUGGUUGAAGGUUGCCUGUGAGACAGACGUACCAUCUGCCCAGUUGCCAAGGCAUGUAUUUUCUCAGCUUUCAAAACAGUUUGUUCAUUCAUUCAUUUUACAACGGGCGCAUUGUAAUAUCGAGCGAUACAAAUACUGCCUGUAGCAAGACACCAUAUAUAAAUGAGAUUUCGGGAUAGGAUUUUAUGGACCUCACUGUAAGGCUGGGGGUGGGGGGAUCCUUAUAAUUCAAUAUUUUAAAAUACAUUUGAAAAUCUAACAUCUUGAAGUUCAUAUUUUCAUUUGGCAGCUGUCUUUCCAGUAUGGUGUUAGUUACAUAAUUAUACUGCUGAAACCAAACAGCUUUUAAGUUGUAACCAGUUCACUUUGCACCCUGUUUAUGUCUCCUCAGGAAUAAAUCCUAAUAUGCUUAUUUAGAAGUAAGUGUAUAUAGGACUGCAGCCAGAAAUUACUAAGUGACCAAAUGAGAUUUGUAUGUGUGUGUUUAAAGAAAAAUGCAGCAAGCUUUUGUCCCACUUUGAGCACAGUGUUGCAGCCACUGCAAGUCUCUUUCCAGUGCAGUUUAGUGUUAUGAUAUCUGGCACAAUUUCACCAGCUUUAGCAUGUUUACCAAUGGCCAUAAGCCAUUGUACACAUUUGGCCUUUUGUUGUGAUAAAAAAACUGUGUUGUGAUGAGGGUUGCCAUUUACAGUGUAUGUAAAUUGUAUAUUUUUUCUGUUUGUUUUUAACAGUGAUGUAGCAAUAGGGAAUAAUAAGGAUGGGAAGAUUUUAGCCAGUCAUAAUCAGACAUAACGUUUCAGACAUCCAGCUGUUAUUUUAGUAGUAUUUCUUGCAGCUAUGUUUAGAAUAAAAUGUAUUCAAAAUAAAAUAUUCAGCUGAGUAACUCUGAAAAUUUAUUUCUGCAUGUUUGACAGUCCCAGGAUAAUUUAAUUGGCACUACAUUCAAAAAUGCAUUUACUAGAACAAGCUUUCUUUUCAAAUCAAGAAAAUAUAUGUUUUUAAACUGGAGUGAGUACAGAGGAGGGGGACUAGAGAAAGAGAUACUUUGAGCCAAUAAUGUUUUGGAUGAUGAUGUCAAUCUUAUAUUUGUAUAUAAAAUAUUUUGCAACUCAUGUCUGAGUUGAAUUACUCAAAAAUACCUACUCUGAUCACUGAAUGGGAGCUAGUAGCAAGAUAUGAAUGUAGGAUAUCAUUACAGUGUUUAGUAUAUUCAAUGUUUUAAUUGUUACCAUACAAUGAGGAAAAGAAAUUAGAAGAAAACUGUCUAAAACAGCAACUGAGAAAAACUGGAGUUCGAUAUUGUUUAUUUUAUAUGUAUCCAAGCUAAUUACUGUUAAUUUGAAGAAAUCUGUGCACUUUAAACUUUGUAGAUUAUUAAUUCUCGCUAUACAAAGCCUGAAUCACUAUUAUGCCACUUCUUUGGCAUCAGUUCUGGAGUAAUUUCACUAUUUCAGUUUGAUGACAACAAACUAUAGCAACUUUUCCAAUCAAAGUUUUAUCUUAGGGCAGCCUAAUCCAAUUACGAAUUGUUCCAAUGUGAAAUGUGUCACAUUUUGCACAAAUUACAUUUUUAUUGUUACGGCACUUCUUUUUGUACAUUGGACAGCUGCCUUUCACGCUGUUGGUGCAAUUCUAUGCAUGUCUACUCAGAAGUAAGGUCCUUUUUGUUUACAAGGGUUCACUUCUAAGUACCUAUAGGGUUUUAACCUAUGUUUUCUUUUGAAUGUGUUUUAUAUCUAUCAAAAUAUUUCUGAAUGCCUAAAUGUUGGCUAUUCUGAGUGUUUUACUGUAUUUAAUAUGUCUAGAAAAUGUUUGUACUUCAUCACAUUUCAAAAUAAAAUAUUCUGUAUGUAAA